UGCGUUGCCGUCAUCGCUCACUAACGCCUUCCUGAACAAACACACGUGGAUUUCACUGACGCCAGGCACAAACAACAAUAACAUGGAGAGCCAUGGUCUCACAUACGACGGCUGCAAUUACUUCAGGCAGCGGCUGGUUUUGUCCACACUUAGCGGAAAGCGUGUCAAGAUAAAAAACAUAAGAUCUAAGGAUGACGAGCCGGGGCUCCGCGAUUUUGAGGCCAGCCUCAUCAGAUUGCUAGACAAAGUGACAAAUGGCUCCAAAAUAGAGAUCAACCAGACAGGUACCAUGUUAUUCUACGAGCCUGGCUUGUUGUACGGCGGCUCUAUAGAACACGACUGUAACCCACAGCGCUCCAUAGGAUACUAUCUGGAGGCUCUGCUCAUGCUGGGUCCUUUCAUGAAGAUGUCCCUGCAGGCCACUUUGAGGGGAGUCACGAAUGACCCCACCGACCCGACGAUUGACCUCCUGAAGUCUACAGCCCUGCCCCUGAUGAAGAAGUUUGGCAUCGACGGAGAGGGCUUUGAACUCAAGGUGGUGAAAAGAGGGAUGGCACCUGGUGGGGGAGGAGAGGUAGUUUUUACUUGCCCCGUUCGCAGAACCAUCAAGCCAGUACAACUGACCGAGCCAGGCAAGAUCAAGAGAAUCAGAGGAAUUGCAUAUUCGGUGCGAGUUUCUCCUCAGAUGGGCAACAGGAUCGUGGAAUCGGCGAGAGGCGUCCUCAACCAGUUCAUUCCAGAUAUUUAUAUCUACACCGACCACAUGAAAGGACCCAACUCUGGCAAGUCUCCAGGUUUUGGUUUGACGCUGGUAGCGGAGACGCUGAAUGGCUCCUUCCUCAGUGCUGAAAUGGCAUCCACACCGCAGGGGCAGGGAGAGCCUGUACUGCCAGAGGACCUCGGCAGGAAAUGUGCCCAUCUGCUUUUGGAGGAGAUAUAUCGGGGCGGCUUCGUCGAUUCAACCAAUCAGAGCCUGGCGCUGCUCCUGAUGACCCUUGGCCAACAGGAUGUGUCGAAGGUUCUCCUCGGUCCACUCUCUCCAUACACGAUCGCGUUCCUCAGACACAUUAGAGACUUCUUCCAGAUUAUGUUCAAGAUCGAGGUCAAGAAGCCUUUAGAAGACGAGAGGAAAGGAGGAGACAAAGUCAUGAUGACGUGUGUAGGAGUUGGAUACAGCAACUUGAGCAAAACCCUUAAAUAAAGUAUAUGUUUUUUUUUU